UUCCAACCGAUUAUAAAAGCGCAUAAUUCGCCGAUGGUAACGUAAGCAAAGGUGUACGCCGAACCAACCCGCGGCACACGCGCUGCAAACUCUGCCUAACAGAAUCCUGCCAAUAAACUUGCUACUCCAGCGAUAAAGAAGGAUACCACUAAACCCGGUCCUGCAACAUCUCGCGCUAAUGUUCCACUUAGUAUGUAUAUCCCUGCUCCAAGAGUUGUAGCGACGCCGAGCGAAGUUAAAUCAAACCUGCUCAAACAACGAGAUAGUUGUGUGGUGUGGAUGAUACUCGGAUCUAUAGCUUUCUUUCUGCCCAGUGUUGUCGUCAGACACUCCAUAAUUUUCAAAUUAAGUCAUGGAUCAUUCGCGGAUUUCGUCUUCUGCUGUCAAUUUCUUGUUGCCUUCAGCUUUAUUAAUUGUCGAUUGAUUGCUCGAAAUGCGCAUCAGCCAGCUGCCUCGGACUUGAGAGCUGAAACAGUCACAUCUUUAAAGGAGCUCUAACAAAGAUAAAUUUAUGGUGAAGAAACCUAGCACUUAUGUCUAAAAUCUUUUCAGAUUACUGGUGACCGCUUGUGUUGGAAAUAUUGUUUCAACUGUUUUUGUGUCACAUUUGAUCGAUAUGCAAAUGUAUAAUGCUCAAGGCUUAUGAUCAUUGUAACAUGGUAAUUUCUGAUUACGAUUUCCCACCAGGCAAGAUAUUUCAUCCGUUUCACCUGGCGUAAAGCCAACAGAAUUUUAGUUUUUCUCUUUUAUUGAAAUUACUUCUUUCAAAUUCUAUGCCAGUUUUUAUUGUGUAUUUAGCUUUUGCCCCAACUAACGAGGUUUUAAAGAAACUUUCAUUAAUUUUUAAUGAUAAGAGUGAUCCUAUCAUUUAAAAGGUUUUUAAAUUUGCAUUCGUUAGAAGACCUUGGGCAUGAUCAAAUUUGAGGCGUAAGUUUUUAUCGUCAUGUAUUGCUGAUUAUGGAAUAAAACUAACUUGAAAUCCAACAAGAUGAUAUACGAUUUGCUUUUCGCUGUUAAAUUGGACUUUCUCUGUAGUUCUUUCGUGCUAUGUGCUCAAUUAAUUAUUCAGUGGAAGACAUACAUGAAUGGGUAAUCAAAAGUUUACGUUAAAAGCAUUGUCUUCCCAGCAGGGCUAGAGUUUUCCGAUACUGAGUCAGCCAGGCCAAAGGUUCCGCUUAACAGUCGCUUGACCAAAAUAGCUAAUUUUUCCUCCUAGUCUAAACUUUUUCCUUUCUAACAUUUGUUAUCAAUGACAUCGAGUCUAAGGGCUGCUUUUUACUCGCGAAAGUAAGUGAGCUCGCGUGUUUCAAGCUGAAUUUCUACAGUACUCGUCGUCUUCCUUUCUUCCUCACGCGCGUAACGUGUAAAUCGUUUGACCAUUGCUUGUUUUGUGCCUGCCACAGGGACUAAGGUGGUGACCAAGUAGUGGGGCAGUAAAUACAUUUUCUAGUUAUUCGCUCUUUCGCCUAUCAGCUUUAUAUGCAUUUGUUAAUUUUUUUUUUUUUUUUUUCAGGAAGAAUUGAUAAAGCAAGGAAAUAUAGAAACAACAGGAACUUUGUAGGAUUAAAAAAAAAACUGGCCAAAAAGAAAGAAUAUAUAAACAUUGUAAAUGCGUCACUAAUGAAUGAACUGUGUCAUCUAGUACUAAAACAGAAGGGGAAAAAAAUGGGUUCACCGAGGUUCACCGUAAAAGAAAUAUCAAAUAAGCAAGGAGGAAGAAAGAAAGAGACAUGGGAACUACGCAAAUCAGCAGAGCAGAGACUGGUAUCAAGACUUCUUGAUUGGUUGAUAUUCUCCGUUCGAAAAAAGGCGGCCAUUUUUACCGAGUGUUUAUUUGGAAUAAGAAACAGUCUCCCUUUAUUUUUUAAUUAACCGAACCUUUAAUACACUUUUACCGAAAUAGAAAUACAAAUUAUGGAUGUAGACUUUGUAAUUCCGUUGUCUAAGGACGACUUAUUGAGCGGUGAGGCAGGAUCUUACGUUGUGGACGAAGUACUAUCGGUGCGUGUUCUUCCGAACAAACUUCGAGAAUGCUUAUCUGAGCUUCGAUCUGGUACACCGACUGCCAUCGUCCAAAACUUUGACUGUUUGUUCAGUCUUUUGAGACAUUUUAAUCAAGUGGACAGUUCUCUUCGAGAAAGUACUUGGAAUAUAUUGCUUGAAGUUCUCUGCCAGUUCACAGUUGUGCUUCAUGAAAUACUGGAAGAUGGAGACAUUGAUUUUCAAGUGCGAAGGACACAUCUCAAUACUCUUAAGAUGUUGUGCUAUACAUUAAUGCAGUUGGCAGAUGCAUUUGAAGUUGAGGCCACCAAGCCUUCAACUGAGGUCAUAGUCUCAGGAAAGCGAAAGGGAAAGGCAGCCACUUCAAAGAAGAAGACUUCAUCAUCAUGGGAGUGGGAUGAACAGCGUGACUUUCUGAUUCAAACCAUGGGACAGCUGAUGCAGCUUGAUGUGAACAGACUGUGGGAUCCACCCAUUAUAGAGGAAGAAUUUGUCAAUUUAGUCACUGGCUGUUGUUACAAAUUCCUUGAGAAUCCAACAUCUGUUAAAAAUGUAACAACAAAAGAUCUGAUCUUUAAUCUUCUGGGAGUAAUGGUGAAGAAAUACAACUAUGGUUUGGGCAUCAGUCUGAAGAUUGUUCAGCUCUUACAACACUUUGAGCAUCUUGUCCAGCCACUGGCUCAGGCUGUACAAACAUUUGUUGAUGAGUUUUCAGUUAAAGGUGUUGUCUCUGAGGUGGUAAGAGAGAUUGGUCGCAUGGAUCCAAGAGAUCUGGCACGAGACACCAGUGGCACACGUGCUUAUGCAGACUUUUUAGUAGAACUUGCUGGCCGGGUCCCAAGUCAGAUCAUCCCUAACAUCAGUGUACUACUCUGCCACCUGGAUGGAGAGUCCUAUUCAAUGCGGAAUGGUAUCCUUGCUCUGAUGGGUGAGAUUGUCAUCAAAGUCCUCUCCAAAGAAGAUCUUGAUGAUGCUGCCAAGAAACUUAGAGAUCAACUACUUGACAAAUUGGAGGACCACAUUCAUGAUGUCAAUGCCUAUGUGAGAAGCAAAGCCCUCCACAUUUGGCUUGAACUUUGUAAAGAAAAGGCAAUUCCCCUUUCACGUCAACCCCACCUUCUGGAGCUGGUGAUAAAUCGCCUUCAAGAUAAAUCAAGUAUUGUGCGCAAGAGUGCUAUUCAGCUUCUGAAAACGUUCCUCAUUUGCAAUCCCUUUGGGGCGCAGUUACCUCUGGACCAUUUGCGACAAAACUUUUUGAAAGAAACUGAAAAACUAAAGGAAAUGGCUCCACAUUUAUGUGAGGAUCAGGAUGGACAAGUGCCUGCUGUCCCUGAAGUUGAGGAUGCAAAGAAAAUCUGGGAGGCCAUUAAACCUGAAGUGCAAGCCACUAUAGAGGAGUAUCUUGAUCAGAAGGAGAUCAUUGAUGAAGAAGAUGACCCAGUGGAGUUCCAAGAAGAUCAGGAGUCAGCUCUGGAAUGUGCACUAAAGCAGAUCAGAAAUCAUCUUUACAAUGGUCAUCACAAGAAAGCCCUUGCAGUACUGAAGGCUGCCGUGGUAACUUGGCCAGAGUACAGGAUGUUUGUCUGUGCAGAAAGGGAUCCAGAACAGCAGCAAGAUGAAGAAAGCAAGAGUGAAGAUGAAAAUCAUGAAAACAAGAAAUCAGCUGAGGAGCAGCUGUCAAUCAUGCAGGCAGUAUUUCUGGCCGGCGACAAUGAGGAACCUACACCUCAAGUUGAAGGCAACGACCUUGAUCCCAGAGAACUUCUCGAAGUUUCUGCGGAGCAUGAAAACCGGGAUACGUCAGCGGAGAACCCUAACAACGGACUGAUUAAUGAAAUCACCAAACAGCAGAUGGUGGUGCAGUUUCUGAAGGAUUACGUACAUUUUCAAACCCAAAUGGAGAAAGCCAUUCCUACCUUGUGUCAACUUCUCGGCUCCAAAAGUAUCACUGAUGUGAAUGAGUCCAUCGAAUUCUUUGUGAUUGCCUCUGAGUUUGGCCUGCAGUCUGCCAUCACUGGCGUGCGAAGAAUGCUGGUAUUAAUUUGGUCACGUGAUACCGCCGUUCGUGAUGCUGUAGUGGAAGCGUACAAAGGCCUGUACUUGGACCCAGUGGCGCCAAAUGCCAAAACUAAAACAGCGUUGAUUGUGAAAAACCUUAUCACUCUUACUCAAGGUGCUUCAAUGGGUGAUCUGACUUCUCUGGAGGAGCUGAUGAGUGAGUUGAUGAAAGGAAAACUUAUUCCUGGUGCUGUUGUAAAGUUGUUGUGGGAGAAAUUCACCAUGAAGGUUCCACAGACGAAUACAGAGGAAAGCAGAAUGGCAUUAGUUCUUUUGGGGAUGUUAGCAGGAGCUGAGAUGGACAUAGUGCGUACUAACAUUGACGUGCUGGUCUCUACGGGCCUGGGACCGAGAGCUGAAGAGGACUUUCUCUUGGCACGUGAUACAUGCGUGGCUUUAUUAAAACUUGGACAGACCCAUAAGAAACCCGGCUGCAGUGCAGCAGAGCCGUUCAGACUUUCCCCCAGUCAUGCGAUAUUUGAACGGCUCACGGAAAUUCUUGCGUCAGGCGUCCGCAAGCUUGAUCAACUGGAGUGGACUCCGCUGAUGGAACAAGCAAUAACUGUGAUUUAUAUCCUUGCUGAGCAUCCUGAAACCAUCGCAGAGAAACUUAUCAAGGAAAUAGCAGCUUGUUUACUGGAUAAAACAACACAAGAUAAGGAGGAACAGCAGAACAAUCAGAACGACUCCGUAGACAGUAACUCUGAUGCAGACGGGCACAGUGUAAAUUCACCAACCCCUUGCCACGCUGUUAUUUUGGCGCGAUUCUUCAGUUUAUCUGGUCACGUGGCUUUACGUCACAUGGUGCAUUUGGAUGUUGGAGUCCUGGGGGAAAUCAAACGACGACAGGUGAUUGAAGAGAAUGAUAAGGAGAAGGAGAAACACGCCAAGAAGACGGGAGGAGCUGGGAGUGGGUCUAUCGCUAAUUCUACAAAGGAUCCAGGUGCGUCGGAGACAAUUGAGGAGGAACUGGGGCUGACUGGGGCCACAGCCGAUGAUGUGGAGACCGAAUACGUGAGAAAAAUCUGUGAACACGAUAUUGUUACUGGAGGUACGCUACUGGCCACCUUGCGCCCGCUGUUAGUGCAUGUCUGCAGUAAUCCGGUAAAGUUCAGUGAUACAAACUUACGGGCAGCUGCGUCACUGGCUCUUGCCAAGUUCAUGUUGGUCAGCUCUGAGUUUUGCGAAGAGCAUCUCCAGCUUCUGUUCACGAUUCUAGAGAAGGCUCCUCAAGCCACCAUCAGAGCAAACACCAUAGUUGCCGUUGGUGACCUGACGUUUAGGUUUCCUAACUUGAUUGAGCCAUGGACACCUCAUCUGUACGCCAGAUUGCGCGAUGAGUCUAGCCACGUGCGUAAGAACACGCUGAUGGUGCUCACACAUCUGAUUCUGAAUGACAUGGUCAAGGUCAAAGGUCAGAUCAGUGAGAUGGCCACGUGUUUAGAGGACAAAGACAGCAGAAUAUCCGAUUUGGCCAAGCUGUUUUUUUUGGAACUGUCUAAAAAGGGCAACGCUAUCUACAAUAUUCUACCAGACGUGAUUAGUCGGUUAUCAGACCCCGACUGUGGUACGGAAGAGGAACCCUUCAGAAACAUUAUGAGGUACUUGCUGUCCUUUAUCCAGAAAGAUCGUCAGUCUGAGAGCCUUGUGGAGAAACUGUGUCACAGAUUCAGAGCAACCAAGACCGAUCGUCAGUGGCGUGACCUCGCCUUCUGUCUUUCCAUGCUGUCGUACAACGAGCGAGGAAUCCGCAAAUUGCAGGAGAACUUCUCUUGCUUCCACGAUAAACUGGCUGAGGAAGAUGUGUACCACUCCUUCCUAAGCAUUGUCGGGAAAAGUAAGAAAUUUGCCAAACCAGAAGUGAAAGCUUUGGUGGAUGAAUUGGAACAGCGUAUUAAUUCUUGUCACACUAAGGGAAUGGAGGACGAGGAGGACUUUGAACGAGCUUCCAAAGCCCUAGGAGCAGCAACGGGAAACAAGCUUAAAAAGAGUGCAGCCACCCCUUCAGCCAAGACAAGCCGAGGCCUUAAAGGUCGCACGCCGGCAACAAAGAAACGGCAAGCAAAAACUGUCGACGAUAGUGACGCUGAAGAACCUAGCCCCAUGCCCCUCAGGACUCCUCGCAGUGUUGCUCGACCGCCAAAGCCUGGGAAAGCCAAAUCUACCAAUCAGAAACGGCGAAAAAUGCCUUCGUUUGAAAGCGACGAGGAUGAUAGCAUAGAGUUAUUUGACGUGGGUGAAGAGGAGGAAGAGGAUUGCCAGAGAGGAAUUGAUUGGAAUGACGAGGAAAAUGUCAAUCCAAAUGUGUCGAAUAAAAAUAAAGCAAACGACGCCAAAUCACAGAAGGGAAGAAUCCACUCACAGAGUGUAAGAAAAUCAAACCGAAGGCGUGUUAGUAGCACGUGACAAGCUUACAUAUCAUAUUGUAAAUACUUAUGUUUAUCUUAUUGUUCUUGAGUGAUUUCGAUAGCCCGAAAUGUAGAUUAAGGGGUUGUUUUUAACCUACUGUGUUAAUCAGUUUUAGCAGCAUCGAACUCAUAAUGUUAUGAUAUUGUUUUGGGGGAAAAUCGACUCACUAUAGUGAAUCUUUUAUCGACUAGGGACUCUGUGGUAACCAAUGGAAAUAAAGCUAUUUUAAACUUCACAAGAAGAGCGUGCUUAUCGUUUGGUAAAGAAUAUAGGGUUGUUGACGCAAGUUUGACUUCUACGUGUUACUUCUUUUUUACAAGUUUCGUGAGAAUUUUUUUAUUGUCACUUAUACUUUGAAGCCUGUACAUACACAUUUUUUCUAAUUCCUAGCAAUAAAAGAUUUAAGUAUAUUA